AUGGCCGCGGAGUCCGUCGCCUUGAUGACACCCAGAGCUGCGGCUGCUGCUGCUGCUGCAGCCGCCUCACCCGCUAUGGCUAGUGCUCUGAUGGCCACUACCGCGGGCUUGCUAGUAGCUAGUGGGGCUGCUGGGCACCCGGGUCUGGCGGCAAUUGCAGCUGGACCCUCAGUGGCCCCAGUAAAUGGCGGGGCCAGUGUAUCACCUCAAUUAGGAGGCCCUAUCAGCCCACUCGACCACCUGGAUGAUAUGGAGGCAGCAGCAGCGCUGACCACUGCUACCAUGGGUGCCGCAGCUGCGGCGGCCAUGGCGCAUUGGCUUGCUCCCAGUAUGGCAGCCAGUGUAAUGGCUCCCUCUGCUGCAGCUUGGAGGCUGCAUAGCCAUGCCUCGCAUUCACAUGGUGGACAUAACCACUAUACGGCUCCGCCCCCCCCCCAGCCCCCUCCGUCACAGCCUACGCCAGGAUCCUUACACCAUGGCGGACAUCAUGGUCACAGCCACAGCGGGCAUCAUAGUCACCAUCUUAACCAUCAACAUAUUGGUCACCAUCAUCACCAUCAGCAGCAGCAGCAACAGCGUGACAUGCUGCGUAGAUUGGAACAGGUGCAACGACAGAUGUUGAGACGCAAUUUGCAUCCAGCCGCUGCUUACCAUUUGGGACUGACAGAGCAGCGUAAUAUUUAUCAUAACAGCCAUCACUACCAUGCAGGCAUUCACACGAGUCAUCAUCCCCAGCAGUCCCAAUUUCAACAGCAUCAACACCACCAUCAGCAAGUUGGACAGAUCAGGCAACCAAUUUCUACCGCGUACAACUCCUCUCCACGUCACUUAAACUCUCCGCAAAAUUGUAUGCAUUUAUUCUUCGUUAUACUAUUUCGUAUUCUCCUACAUACUUAG